AAUAAAAUAUGAUAACAGAAGGAACUUAGGGUUUGAUAGUUAAUUUUACAAUGCUGUUGUUAAGGAAGCAGAAAGAAAAUCUAAAAAAUGAUAUCGCGGCUCAAUGAACAAAGAUACGUAGUUUAUCAUGGCGAUAAAUGUUAAGUGCACACUUGAUCACGAUGUUCCUGGUCUCGAUGCUGUUAGUCAUGGGCAUUGCUGUGCCAGGAAUCCUUGCCGGCAAUGGAUAUACUCACUAUGAUCAGGCCCAGUUGAACGCAACUAUUGCAGCAUUGGUACACAGCAAUGGACCUGUGACACAAGUCGGUGAGACACUCGAUCAUUCGAGUUUCUCGAUUAGAUUUGCCAACGACUUGCAUAUCCAACUUCCAUGCGACUUUGGCCGUCAUUAUUAUAAAAAUGUCAACACUUGUGUGUCGACGUCCAAAAUGGUGAUAAUCUACGAUCAUUGCCAGUUUUCAAUGCGUCCAGAUUGCUGGAACGAGAUGCCCUUCUGCUUCCUCGACAGCACAAAGAACGAUGCCUAUGGCGAAGAUAACUGCCUGCCCUAUUUUAAAUUCAACAAAAAUUUAUGCCGGUGUGAACUCAAGAAAUGAUAAAUUGUAUCAUACAUGUUCUGACAUAGAUGUAACAUCAAACAGAUGGAUAAUUUAUGAUGAUAAUCAAAUAUAAUAAACAGAAACGUC